ACAAAAUCGGCGACUCCAGUGCACUCAUCUUCAUCAGGGUGCUGAGGGCCCACGUGAUGGUGCGUGUAGGAGGAGGCUGGGACACACUCGAGCACUACCUUGACAAACAUGACCCCUGCCGCUGCAACGCCAAUGCUCACCGCUAUCAGCAGGGUAAAGCCAGCGGUCAGGCUCCUCACAGUAAGAACUCGAGUGCCCACUCGUCCCGCUCAGCCAGCCCUGGACCACAUUACAAACCCUCCGAGCGGCGUUCCCUGGAGCCUUCGGCACACUGCGCUCCCUCCUCUUCCUCAUCGUCCUCCCCCAGGCUCACCAGGGCCAACCUCGGAGAUGCAGAGUCCAACAGGGGCAGGACGAACAGCUCACUGCUGCCCAAACCGCCGCGAGACAGAUCAGAGCCACGACAGUUCAACCCCAUCAGGAAUAAGGACGCACUGUCAUCUUUGACUCGCCGCCUCUCUCAAGACAGUGACUCCUCAACUGCCUCCUCUAAAGGUGGCGGAGGAGCAGGAGGAGGUGGAGGAGGACGUUUGUCUUUAGGAUCUCGUCGCAGUAAUGGGGAAGAGGUGGUCUUCCUGGUCACCCGAAAAGAAGGCAAGCAUGAGAUUGAGCGGACAGGGGGCGGUGCCGGACAGGUGCCCGCUCUUUGCCCCCCUCAGUCACGAACUCGCAGCACCUCCAGAGAACGCCCUGCACAUGCUCCCUCUUCCCCAGGUAGUAGAAUGAAGCCAUGCCCGCCCCAAGGCAGCACCACACGUUUCGAAAGGGGCCGAUCCUUGGGGCCAGAUGGGCCCCGAAGGCUCCAGACUUCCCGCUCCCUCAGCCAGGGCAAAACUCCACAACGUGGGCGAGCAAGCGAUGGCAGACCCACUUCCCCUCGCCACAGAGACGCCCAAGAUGACCCGAGAUCUAAACAGGCACCUCCAGGUUCCCCAAGGCUAAGUGGAGGCUUCUCUAAGAGACAGAUGCCCUCAUCAGCCUCAAACUCGCCUGUUAAAGGGGUCACUGGAAGUCUUAUGAAAAAGAGCACAAUGACCCCGCGACCUCCUGCCCCACGCUCACCCUCUGUAGGGAAUCGGCGGUUGCUGCCCCCCAUCUCACAGCCAGGUCGGCGCUCUCCACACUCGACGCCCAGGUCCACACAGAGAUCACUUCAUCACCACCCGCCACGGUCACCCCGGGCAUCAGGGAGGCCGAAUCAGAGAGGAUGGGGUCACCAAAAUCAGCCAAACCCUCAGGAUGACAUGGGGAUUGGGUUCAGCUUACAUUCCUUACCUGCUCUGGAUCCAAAACGCGAGCUUGAGCUGUAUCGCAGCUUCGAGGCUGAGUUUCUGGCCAACACGGGUCAGACCAGAGUGGCUGAAACAAAGGAAGCAUCACUGCAGCUUCCUGUCUCUCAGCAGGGUUUCAGGCCAUCGGGUGACACUAAUGUAGCAGAUUCAGCCUACUCAUCCUCGAACUCCUCAUCCUCCUCUCUGAACGUGGGGGGAAAAGUGGGAAUCCUGCCUGACUUGCGUGAGACAAAGCGUACUAGCGGCACCCGAAGCUGUGCUCUGGAGGAUCCUCCAACCUUGCUGCACAGCCAGACUCGAGCCGGUCUUCCCAAUGGAGGCUUCCGCAAACUUCCUGCCAUCUCAGGCUCCAUAGAGGAAGGAGAUCCAGGACUCCACUCUAAUCACCUCCACUCUGGUCCUCAAAUAAAUGGCGGUCACAGGGAUUUCUCGAACUCUGUGGUACCCAUGGAGGCUCAGGCGGAUUGGGCUGGUUUGGAAGGUGAUGUCCCUUUGGACGGUCAUGACCCAGAUCUACCCUAUGACCAGGGUCUCUCUAAUGACCUCCCACUCCCAGACUCAUUCCCGUCACCGCCUCCACCAGAAGACUGCUCUUACAACGACUCCUCCAGCGAGAGCUCUUCCAUGUGUCUCAGCCUGAGCGAGCCGCUCUCUGAAGGGUCCUGCAGCCCACCAUCCUCCCUGGCUAACGGAGAUGCAGAGGGUACCGUGGUCCUCAGGGCAAAACGAGGGCAAAAGAAGGCAGACAGGGUACCUUCUGUAUACAAGCUCAAAUUACGGCCACGGGUACGGCCUCGCACGGACAACAGGCCCGAGAACAGUCCGUCACGCAUCCCAACGCCGCUCAGCUGCAGAGAGCUACAGCAACGAAAGGCAUCUGGAAAUCUGACACCCCCGCCGUCACCGCAUGCCCGCAAAAAUCUGCACCAAGCCUUCGGUGACAUCAUCCACCACCAACGGAGAUCAGCCAGCGUGGGGUCCCGGGAACGCUCAUUCUCAACAGAGUCCAGCCUGGACCAGGAUGCUUGGAUGUGAUCUGGAUGUUGACGGUGAGGGUGACUUGCUUCCCGUUCUCCCCAAUCUUUCCACCUCCCUGUACAUCGACGGGAUGCGAAAUAGAGACAGGAGAAAGUCUGAAAGCUGUGAUUCUCGUCUGGAAAGAUGCUAAAGCUCUAAAACAAGAACGGCAUCCGUUGGCAUGAGCUUUUGUUGAAGCAUGUCCUGAAUCUCUCACAGCCUGAGCCUGGACACUUUUUUCCUGACUACUUGGCUUCCAAAAAAAAAAAACCCAACACCUUACCAAAGCAUGUAUGUAGAGUCGCAUGUUACGCAACUUCUUUUUUAUUUUCUGAGAAUAUUUGUAUAGCUCAACUUUUUUUUUCUGUUCCUUGUGAAACUUUUCUGGGUAAUGCAUGCUCUAAAUUUCAAGAAGAUGGAAAGGAGGAAAUGAGAACGAUGACAAAAGAGCCGGUUACAGUGCACAGGGUUCUCAAGGACAGAAGCCCGAUGUGUCAUUUUAGUGAGCGGAAAAUAGUGACGACGCGUCUCAUGAAAGUGAGAAAUCGGCGCUCUUGUUUCCCAUGACGUCCUCGUCAUUAUGAGUGGUCUGUCAAUCGGAUCGCGUCCUCACUUGGACGUAUGCGACUUUCACUUUGUUGUUGUGACUGGACCUAAAGUGGAUUAUGGCUUUUUUAUCGUAUUUAUUUUAUUGUAUUUUAAAAUCCUAUUCUGUCAUUAAGACAUUUAAAUAAUGUUUGCUUGUUUUAUUUGGUGUUGCUUUCGCAACAAGUUACUUCCAAAAGGACAAACUGGGUUCGGGUUUUAUUUUCUAUCCGUCUCUGAGGAUAUUGCUGUAUUUAAAUAUUAACUAAAGGAGGCGGAGUUUGGAGUUGUCAGUCAAGAGAGUUUGGAUCCUAUUGAACCACCGCAUUGGUGCGAACCACUCAGUGACUCAGCGUAGAACGUAGGAAGGCUGGAACCCAGACUACAUUUGUAUUUUCUGCCACAUGGCUGUUUCUUUAAAUACCGUAUUUUCUGGACUGGUGGCAACCUGCAACUUCUUGAAAAAUCUUUGAGAAAAAUCUGUCUCAGCGUGUGGGGACAUGUUUGGAAACCAUUAAAGGCCAUGUGUAGAGCCUGAUGACACAAAGUUCUAGAAAGACCCUUUUACAAAAGGUUCUGAGUUGAAGCCCUUUAGAAAGUGUUCCACUUCGUGAUGUUAAGGCUUCUAUAAAGAACUCGAGUCAAGAUCUUCUGGGCUCCAGAGGACUCCAGCUGUCAUGGUUCUAUAAUCAGACGGAACCCUGGAUUUUAAAGAGCGAUACUGAGGUGCAGAGACGUUCAAUAUUCCAGAUUUCUAGAAUGUUUUCUGAAAGGGAAACUCCUUUGUAAGCAUCAGCACCGAACAAUCAAGGGUUCCUUCACGGAUUCAGAUUGAAGAUCUUUAACGGUUCUUGAAAUUCAUGGCAUACAGACAAGUCUUUUGGAGGGUAACCUUUCAGAGAGUUUGUCCAAUGGAAAUAGUUUCAUCUAGAACUAUUAAAAGUCAAAGGAACCUUUAAGGAACUCUGUUUUUUUCUUAAAGUGCCAUUCCACCAUUGGAUGGAUUCUUUGGCAUAAAAUACAAU